AUGUUAUACAAAACGCAGCUUUGUUCUUUUUACGCCAAGGGGAUAUGUGCAAGAGGUAACAAAUGUAGUUGGGCUCAUGGUGAAUUGGACGUUAGACCGAUGCCAAAAUUUUAUAAGACAAGAAUGUGUUAUACAUUUUUAUCUGGUAGUUAUUGUGAAGCGUCUAAAUGCACAUUUGCACAUACAGAGGAAGAAUUACGAGGUUCAGGGAAGGCUCUCAGACUGUGCACGAAAUAUUUCUUGGAUGGGUACUGCAACAAGGCAGAUAAAUGCCCGAUGGCACACAACAUAAAUCAGUUGGAUCCAUCUGUUAAAUUUUCAACAACUGAAUUGAUGAACAGAGUGCACAAUGAUGAAGAAGUAGGAGAAUCAAACUUUUACAAAAACAAAGAGAGUAGAAAGGGUGGUGAAGAAAGUAGUAAUGAUGGAAACACCAUGAGUGGAAGCAUCAAUGAAGGAGAAAGGUGUGUUAAUGUAAACAGCAAUUCGUACUCCUUUAACGAAGAAAGGGAAAAUAUUCCUGAUGACAACAAAGACCAUUAUGGCAUAAUGAGCCAUUUGAAUGAGAGUGAACAAGAUGUAAAUAAUUCCAAGAGAAACACAUUUAACUUUUACAAAAAUUAUGGAAAAAAAGGAUACAAUGAAUAUUUAUUCGAUGUGAAUCCUGAAAAUGAGGGAGAACCUUUUUAUAGUGGUGACAUUAAGAACAACGGGAAUGAAAUAAAAAAUAGAACCAUAAAAGAAGAUAUUUUUUUGAAUGGUGAUUUUUCCAGAAAUAAAAAAUCUUCUCCAAAUGAAGAUUUCAUCAAAAUUAGAGACAAUGUAUCGUUCAAGGAGUUAAGCUAUGGCAAAAACAAUUUUAUGGAUCCAGGAGAAAGCACUCAUACGAGAUUUUUUUCUUAUAAGAAUGCCGAUAAUUUAUGUUGUAGUGAUAAUAUGAGCAUGCUUAACAACUAUGGAAUGAUGAAUACUGAUGAUUAUGUAAAUAACCAUGAAGAAGUGCACAAUAUGAGCUCACCAAAUAAAACAAAAUUAAUAAAUGAAUAUCACAAAAAUGAGAUUUUUUCAAGGGAAAAUAACAUUGCAAGUGUAGAUAAUUUUAUGUACAAUAUUGAAGGGUUCAGAAAAUUAGAACAAAUAAACUUAUCUUCCAAUAUGUGUUCGAAUUUAAAUUUUGACGUAUUAAAUAAAAUUGACAAAAAUAAUCACAUGAACUUUCAGGAAGAAAAAUAUUUUAUUAACAAAAUGAAAAAUAAAGAAAAUUCUGAUAAUUCCAUUUUUGAUUCAAAUACUACGACGUACGAAAAUGUAAGACCUGCACAGAAUUUUUACAAUGAAAAAAAUAUCAUGAAUUUGAACAAGACGAAAGAGAAUUUGGAAAAUGUAGAAGAUCCAGCAGCAAUAUGCCUUAAUUACAACAAUUGCCUUGGUGUCAGGAACAACAUUGGACAGGUAGGAAACAUUUACGAUGCGAGGAAUAUGAGCGGCACCAAUCGAGUAGUGAAUAUGAACUGUGAGGAUCACUUUAAUUGGGAGGAUCGCCUUAAUUGUGAGGAUCGCCUUAAUUGGGAGGAUCGCCUUAAUUGUGAGGAUAACUUUAAUUGGGAGGAUCACUUUAAUUGUGGAGGCCGCAUGAACUGUGCAAGCAAUAUGAAUCACUUAAGUCAUAGUUGUGGAACCCAUAUUAAUAGUAUGAACGAUGCAAGCGAUUUAAAUAACUUCAACAUGGAAUGCCUCAUCAACAACAUAAACAAUCUGAACCUUGGAAAUAUUAACACACACGAAGGUGUAAAAAUAAGGAAUCAAAUGAAUACUUUGCACACUGUGAUAAAUAAAAACAAUAAUGAAAACGACACGAAUUAUGAAUAUUCAGAUUUAAAAAUCGAGAAAGAAGACGAAAUUAAACCAGAAGAAGUAAGAAAGUCAAAUGAAGAGAAAAAUUUUAAAGAUGCUACUUUUACUAAUUGCAUUAAUAAUAACUCAGAUAAUGAAUUUAAAAAUUUUCUUUUAAGUAACAAUUUUUUGUUGGAUAGCUCAAAUAAUCAUAACGAAUAUGCCGAACAUUGUAAGCUAACCAAGGAAACCCAAGGGGCAAUUAACCAAAAUUUGAUGAAUGGCCAUUUAGUCAGUUGCUCCUCAGGUUUUAAUUCGAACGGGUUGUGUAAUGGGGCCAGAGGAGUGGAGCAUAUUCUCACUCUGAGUGGGAGAGACCACAAUACUAGCAUGAGUGGGAGAGACCACACUACUAGCAUGAGUGGGAGAGACCACACUACUAGCAUGAGUGGGAGAGACCACACUACUAGCAUGAGUGGGAGAGACCACACGACUAGCAUGAGUGGGAGAGAUCAUAUGACCAGCAUGAAUGAGAGAGAUCAUAUGACCAGCAUGAGCCAGGAGAGUUACUCAAAUAUCACGAAUGAUAUGGGGAUAAGUGCUAAGAUGAACCUCCAAACGAGACUACUUAACUUUUCCAGCAAUCAGAACAACCUCAGCACAAAAAGCAACAGCAACAGUGGAAGUAACGUCAGCAGUAAUGUCAGUAGUAACAUCGGAAGUGACAUGGGUAGAAACGUAAAAAAACAAAUUAUAAACACGCAAAAUAAUAUGAGCAGUGUUUACAAAAACUUAAGGGAUCUAAAGAAUCAAACCGGUAUGAAGACUUUUAAAAGUGAAGAAAGCAACUACAACAAUGGUGAUGUGUUGAAUAGUAAGGAUUGUCCUAGUGCAUAUAUUUUUUCGCACGAAAUGGGAGGCGAACAAUUAAAUGAAUAUAACGAUGCAUCAAAAAAUUAUUUUUUUGAAAACAUUUAUAAUCAUAACGCAUGUAAGAAUGGAAUUAUAAAUAGAAAAAUAAACAUGAACACAGAUAUUAUCACCCCAAAUGGUAUGAAUAUCAAAAUAACACAAGGUGACAUUUAUGCAACGAAUGGAAAUGCCAGCUGUCACAGCAGUUCUAGUUACGAAGGAAAGAGUAACGACGCUUGCAUGAAGAAUGCUUGCAUGAAGAAUAAUUUGAAUUCAAAAAUGAACAUGCACUAUAUAUUAAGUUGCAAUGGGAUGAACUUAAUGAGUAACCCUAACAUGAAUGCACACAAUGAAUCUUUAAAAAAUCCGAACAAUAGUUUAGUGGAAAAAAAAGUUACACUGGGCGAGGAAAACCAAAUGGGUGAAGAAGACCAAAUGGGUGAAGAAGCCCAAAUGGGCGAGGAAGACCAAAUGCUGAUGAACGAAUGUGAUAAUAAUAAGGCGAAUUACAUCUUAGACAACUAUGUUUUAAAUAAAAAAAAUGCUAAUCACCUGAACAGUCAGGUGGAAAACAAUUCAAACAAAAAAAACAUUAACAAUUUAAAAUAUCAAGAUAGAAAAAAUAUUUUACGUAACAAUAAUGCUACUGCUACUACUACUACUACUACCAAUUGUUUCGGAGACAAUAUAAAUUUACUUGACAUGUGUGAAGUGAGUUGUAAUGGAUUGAAGAUACCCACUGUUGGAUGUAGUAAUGGGAUACAGCAAAAUGUUGUUACGAAUACAGCAGUGAUUAAUGGGUUCAGCUCUUCCAUAUACAGGGAAGAGGAUUUUAACGGUCAAUAUGUUAAAUCGAACGGUGCUAUUGUUUUGGGUUCAGACUCGAACGGUAGCGACAGAAGCAGUGUGAAAAGCAGUGUAAGAAGUAGCAAUGUAUGUGGAAGUAACGGUGGAAAGCAGAACCUGUGCUGUAUGAACAAUUGCAAUCGACAAGCAGAUGAGGCGAAGAAAACCAUUUAUAAUCAUUGCAAUCAAUUGAUGGAUACAAAUAAGAGCAAUUUAGUGGCGAAGAAUCAUCUAGAUUUGUACGAAGUAUCAUGCAAAAGUGAUGAAAGUUUUCCCAAUUAUAUAUAUAACAACAGUAAAGAAGCAUGCAAGAACCAAAAAAAAAAUUCUAAAAUUUCACUCAACAUGAAUGAAACAGAAGAAGCUGACGAUGAGAACAUGAUGAACUUUAACAGCCAAAACGGAAAAAAUGUAAUGAACAAUUACAAUCCAUUGACGCACAGCUUUAGUGGUUUAUAUGAAUGUUUGAGUAAAAAGGCCGAAUAA